AUGGUACAUGAAAAGAGAGAUUUUGUGGUGAAGGUAAGCAAGAAUGAGGUGGUGGUGCCGGUAUUGCCCAUUCAAGAAAUUAGGCUACCACUUUCGAACCUCGACUUGCUCUUGCCACCGGUGGACGUCAGCAUUUUCUUUUGUUACAAGAAACCCGAAAAUUUUACGUUCCAUUUGAUGGUGGUUGUUCUUAAGAAGGCCUUGGCACAAACUUUAACAUCAUAUUAUGCAUUUGCCGGCGAGCUCGUAAAGAACGACGUGGGCGAGCCCGAACUUCUCUGCAACAACCGGGGGGUCGAUUUCGUCGAAGCUUUGGCCGAUUUAGAGCUCAAGGAUCUUGACUUGUACAAUCCUGAUUCCACUAUCGAAGGAAAGCUUGUACCAAAGAGGAAGCAAGGACUGCUGGCCAUCCAGGCCACAAAACUGAAAUGCGGCGGAAUGUUGGUGGCAUGCACAUUUUCACAUCAGGUGGCGGAUGCCUAUUCCGCCAACAUGUUUCUCGUUUCAUGGGCGGAGAUGGCUAUGUCCAAGCCAUUAUCUCAAAGCCCAUCUUUCCGCCGGUCUAUUCUUUUCCCUCGCCGGCCUACCAGUUACGACCUUUCGGUAGAUAACAUGUACGUUCCGAUUUCAUCUCUGCCGCCGCCGGAGGCCGAUGAUGAUGAUGAUCAAAUAGCAAUAAGUCGAAUAUAUUAUAUUGUAUCUGAUCGAAUCAAUGAUCUCCAAGUAUUGGCUAAUGCUUAUAAUGACAGCAGCAGUGGAAGAAAAAGGACGAAGUUGGAGGCAUUCAGUGCCUUCCUGUGGAAGAUGAUUGUUACCGGCGAAUUUACGCGAACUGAUAAGUUUUGCAGACUGGGAAUUGUGGUUGACGGGAGGACUAGAUUGAUUGAUGGAGAUGAAAAUCAAGAGAAAUUGAUAAAACCGUAUUUUGGCAAUGUUCUGUCAAUCCCAUUUGGUGAGAAGAAAAUUGAGGAGUUGAAGGAGAAGCCAUUGAGUUGGGUUGCAAAUGAAAUUCAUGAGUUUUUAGGUACUGCAGUGACAAAAGAACAUUUCUUGGGGCUAAUAGAUUGGGUAGAGGCUCAUCGUCCCGAGCCAGGCCUGGCCAAAAUAUACGGUUCAAGAGUAAGUGAGGAGGAGCCGGCGGUGGUCGUGUCAUCGGGGCAGCAUUUUCCGGUGAAAAAAAUGGAUUUUGGGUGGGGAGAGCCCUGUUUUGGGUCUUACUAUUUUCCUUGGGGAGGGAAAUCUGGUUAUGUUAUGCCAAUGCGAAGUCCAAAGGGNGGUGGGGAGAGCCCUGUUUUGGGUCUUACAAUUUUCCUUGGGGAGGGAAAUCUGGUUAUGUUAUGCCAAUGCCAAGUCCAAAGGGGAAUGGAGAUUGGAUUGUUUACAUGCACUUGUUGA